CGCCGCCUGUACCAUAGAAUUCGUUGAAAGCAAGUCUUUCCUGCGCAGUUUGCGCCGUUCCCAGCAGAGCUUGCUCUUGAGACAUCGAUCUCCUUCUCCCGCGGGUCUUCUCUGUCAACCGGCUGCAUUACAAUGGAAACCCAAGGGUCUGCGCCCGCGCCUCCCCUUUUCCGCGCUGUUGCCAGCUCUACCAGACCGCUGUACCAGCUCCUCAAGGCGAUCAACUUCACGAACAAAGUGCAUGUCGACAUCACAGAGAACGGCCUGAGAUUUGCGGCCGACCAUGCCCGGGUCAUGCAAGGGGUCGCGCACUGGAGCAAGGGCCUCUUCACCACCUACACUGUCAACCUCCCAGCUGGCCCGGCCCCGGCUUCGGCCUCGGCCGACGACGCCGAAGAAGACGACGAGCCGCUUCCGCCAACCUUCCAGAUCUCCCUCCCCGCCCUCCUCGAAACUCUGCAAAUAUUCGGCGCCGCGGACGCCGCCGCCCGCCAGGCCAAAGCCGACGUCGACCCCUACCGCAGCAACCUGCGCAACUACCGCUCGGACGCCUUCUCCAACCAGACCCUCGGCAUGUCGGGCACCUGCUCGCUCUCGUACGCCCGGGAGGGCGAGCCCUUCAGCAUCGUGCUCGACGAGGCCGGCGUCAGCACGACGUGCAACCUGACGACGUACGUGCCCGAGGCGCCCGACGACAUCCCCUUCGACAUCGAGGACCUGUCGUUCAAGAUCAUCACCUCGGCCCGCUGGCUGCUGGACGCGCUCGCCGAGCUGGCGCCCGCCGCCCCGGACAAGCUCACCAUCGCCGCGUCCCGGCGCGAGCCGUACCUCCGCCUGACCACCGCCGGCGGCCCGCUCGGGUCCAGCAGCGUCGACUUCGCCAAGGGCAGGGAUCUGCUCGAGACCUUCUCCGUGCGCCAGCGCUGGGUGCAGACCUUCAAGUUCGACAUCAUCAAGUCGGCCAGCGAGGCCAUGCGCAUUGCGAGCAAGGUCAGCUUGCGCGGCGACGGGCAGGGCGUGCUGAGCAUGCAGUUCAUGGUCGAGGUGGAAGGGUCAGGGCCGAGCUUCUUGGACUUUCGCUUUGUGCCGUAUGCGGUGUGCGAGGAUGACGACGGGGAGGAUGAGGAUGAGGAGGGGGAGGACGGGGGAGGGCAGACGGAGGAGUAGGUUUGGUUGGGCUGGUCUACUGAAUGCGUUGACGAUUUUGCAUUUAGUCGCAGAUCUGCAACACGGUAGCUCCAAUUAUUUCCUUCCAUCUGAGCGAUGGCGUUGCUGCGGGUGAGGCUGGUCGUUUGUGGUGAAGGCAGUCUUGGCUGUCGUGUUAUUACCUCAACGCGUCGUCGUCCUGGAACCUUGCUUGGAGGAGAGGAAGGAUGGCUGAUGCGGCUG